AUGAACGCGGAGCCGGCUCGCCGCAUGAAGCGGCCGAAAGUACAAUUCCAGGAUAGCGACAUAUUCCUGUCGGCGUGUAUGUCUGGCGACGAGGAGGAGGUUGAGGAGUUGUUGCUCAAAGGAGCCGACAUCAAUACGUGUACAGUAGACGGGCUCACAGCACUUCAUCAGUCCGUGAUCGAUUCCAAACCGGAAAUGGUCCGAUUCCUGUGCGAGAAGGGAGCCGACGUGAACGCUCAGGACAACGAAGGAUGGACGCCCCUCCACGCGGCCGCCUGCUGUGGAAACGUCUCCAUCGUUCGAUAUCUGUGUCAGCAUGGCGCCGACUUAUCAGUGGUUAACAGUGAUAAGGAGCUAGCGCUGGAUUUGGCAGUGGAUGAGCAAUGUCGAGAGUACCUGGAAGACGACUACAAACGACAAAUGAUCGAUUUGGAGGCGUGUCGAGAGCAGGAGCUGGCGACGAUGUUGAAGGAUGUGAAGAUGUGGAUUAGUCAGGGGGAAUACAGAGAUGUGCCACAUCACAGAACAGGCGGAACCGCAAUGCACGUCGCCGCCGGUCGUGGCUACACCCAACUACUCGAAUUGCUCAUCAAAGCCGGUGGAAACGUUCGAGCCCAGGACAAAGAGGGAUGGACCCCACUGCAUGCAGCGUCACAUUGGGCCGAACGAGACGCUUGUAAAAUAUUGCUGGAAAAUGGGGCCGAGCUGUCGGAUCUCACGUUUACGGGUAUCGACGUACUGGGCGUAGCUGAUAAGGAAUGCAUUGAUUAUCUCGUCGAGCUGGCGGAUACUGUAAAAUCACAAGCCAAACGGAAAUCGCCGGGUGGCGGCAGCGGAUCAAUGGUACCACCGGCGUCUGUGCUACAGGAGAAAAAUCAGAGAAUAUCGCACGAAGAACAUGUACUAUCAACGGAGAGGAAGAGGGAUUUGCAACACAAGGAUCAGUAUAGGUUGGUCCCCUUUUUUUGGGUGAUUUUCGGGAUGAAACAGAGGUUUCUAGCUUCAAAAUGA